AUGGAAUUUCUCCAAGAAUUAAACGAACAACAAAAACAAGCUGUUUAUGAAGAGCAUCCUCGCAUAUGUGUCAUUGCUGGACCUGGUUGUGGCAAAACUAAAACGCUGUUUAAUGAUAUUGCUAUUCUCUACCGUAAUAAUUAUCUUUCCACCCGCCUUGAACAAGAAUUAGUCGCUCAAAGAAUACCCUAUGAAAUAUUAGGUUCUUUCAAAUUUAUUGAACGGGAGGAAAUCAAAGAUGUUUUGUCUUUUUUACGAGCAGUUAUGUACCAGGAUAACCUUUCGCUAUUACGGGUAUUAUCAUUACAGGAAAAAAUUGGAGCCCGCACGAUUGAAAAAAUUGAACAAAAUAGCGAAAAAGAAGGAAUAAGCAUUUACGAAUAUCUUAAUAAUUUUGCUGCCAUCACCAAUUUAAACGAAGAAAAAAUUGCUGCCGGGCAAGUAGAUAAAAUCAGUGCCGUUAUUCUGAAAAUUAAUAAAUUCAAAGAAAAAUUAGAACAAAAAAUUUCUCUUAGCACUUUCCUACUCAGUUUGCUUAAUGAUUUUAAUUACUGGGAACACCUCAAAACCCGUGUUAAUGCUUCCGAAAGAGAAAAAAAUGUCCAACAAUUUCUUAAUAUUGCGCAAAAUUGA